CGAGCAGUAGCACUGCCACUUGACAUUUUGGAUAACGUUACCUCAGCCAUGGCAUGCCACCGCAUGUCAAAAGCGUGGUUCAGCUGCUAACGUGCGGUGAAUAUGCGGAAGGUUCAUGGAGUCAGCACCGUCCGCACAGCAGCGUCAGCGGGGCUAAUGAGCCGUCUACAGAGUGCUACAGAGUAACGUUUUAGCCUUACCUUACGGAGAGCUUAGCUAGCAGACAGGAGCCGACCAGUUUAUUCACGGUGUAAACAUGAGUUCCGCUCCAAACCACGGUCCCGUUAGCGUGACAGACACGGUGUCCAGCAAACCCGCUUCUGCUGUCUCUUUAGUUGGACAUGUCCAGCAAGUAUUCAGCCAUGUGAAGAUAGAAAACCUUGUCGCUGGUCUUAGUGGGGGGGUGGUGUCAACACUGGCGCUUCACCCUCUGGAUCUGGUCAAAAUCAGGUUUGCAGUAAGUGAUGGAUUGGAGUUAAGACCUAAGUACAGGGGCAUAUUUCACUGUAUGAAGAGCGUCUGGCAGCAGGAGGGACUCAGAGGACUCUACCAAGGAGUGACACCCAACCUCUGGGGUGCGGGAGCAUCUUGGGGUCUCUACUUCUUUUUCUACAAUGCAAUCAAAGGGUACACAAAGGAGGGCCGUCAAACUGAACUGAGUGCCACAGAGCACCUGGUGUCUGCAGCCAAAGCAGGCAUCCUGACGCUCACCCUAACCAACCCAAUCUGGGUGACCAAGACCCGGCUGGUGCUCCAGUACAAUGCUGACCCAACCAGUAAACAGUACAAGGGGAUGGUAGAUGCUCUGGUCAAGAUCUAUCGCCAUGAGGGCGUGCCAGGACUAUACAAGGGUUAUGUUCCUGGUCUUUUUGGCACAUCCCACGGAGCGCUGCAGUUCAUGGCCUAUGAAGAGCUCAAGAGAGACUACAACAAAUACAAGAAAGUGCCUUCAGAUUCGAAGCUGAGUGCGUUGGAAUACAUCACAAUGGCAGCUUUAUCCAAAAUAUUUGCUGUGGCCACAACAUACCCAUAUCAGGUGGUUCGAGCUCGCCUGCAAGACCAGCAUAAUAGAUACAAUGGAGUAAUUGAUGUCAUCAGACGGACGUGGAGGAACGAAGGCGCCAUCGGUUUCUACAAAGGCAUCGUCCCCAAUUUGAUUCGUGUGACUCCUGCCUGCUGCAUCACCUUUGUAGUUUAUGAGAAUGUGUCUCGCUACCUUAUGGGAAAAAAUGAAUGAGGUUUGGUGUCGACAGCUGCAAAGACUCUGAGCUCACACUGACACUACCACACAGAGAGAAAUGCAUCAGACUGAAGCCAGCUCUCGGCCUAGCAUACAUGUGAAUGUGCUGUGAAAAGCAUUCAUUUGCACUGAAAAUGAAUGAAAAAGUUGCCAAACUGAGCAAUAGUUGAAAGACUUUGACUUUUGGGGGAAAGUACGUCUUACGAGCCAAAGGACAUGCUGCUGUGAUGUUAGUCUUUUUUUUACAAUGCAUAAGUUGACAUUUUUAUCAAUGGAGUUUGAUAAAUAUUUCAUCAUAGUUCUGUUUACAUUUAUUGUUUUCUGGCACCGGAAAGGGAUACUGGAUGAAACAUGAAAAGCUGAUUAUUAACAGCAUAUUUGAGAUCUUCUCAGGGUCCCGGUUGCACAUGUGUGUAAUAUUAGUUUGUCUAUUUUAAAUUAUUCUUUUCUGUAAACAGACAAUAGCAGUGGAAAUGAUUUUUUUGUUUCAAACACACCAGUACAUUUAUCCCACAUUUCAUUAGUUUGCUGGCAGCAAAUUGUAUCUGCAUUGCAUACUAUUUUAUUAUAAAAUUCAUCUGUGCUUUU